AUGGCAGGUGAAAAAGCUGCGAAGCAGGACACUAAGGAAAAGAGACCUGAAGCCAAGAAGUCUGACGCCAGUGGCAAGGUUAAAAAGAGUGACCCCCUGCACCCAGAACCCAAGAAGGAGGCAUUAUUUUUACGUCUUCAAAAUGAUCAAGAGCAGUGGGGACUAGAGAGUAGCACGGCCCUAAAAGACGGUGCUCUUCAAGGCUCACCCACAUGGAAAGGCUCCAGAUUUGCAUCCAGAAACCUGAGUAGGCCAGAUCUACGAUAUACCCCUGGCCUCUCACUUAUGGAAGAAUCAGAGGAAGUAAUUCAAGCAGCAGAUCUGGGAGCUCUAGCUCAUCCUCUUUCUGCCUCUUUUUCUGGGGUCUGCCUGCCUGCUUGGACCAUGGACUUCUACCUUGGUCAAGGUUCUGGCCCACUCCACAUUCUGGAAGAAGCCUCCUCUGCUGUCAGGUACUGCUGCUACUUAGAGGCUCCAGACUGUCCCACUACUGCAUCCCAGCCGCAAGUCUUCGUUUGGGGCAGUUUGGGGAGAAAUAUCAUCGUUCUAACGCCACAAUUCAUACACUGGUCGGGAACAAUUUUAAUGUACAUAGUGGAAUUCCAGAAGAAAAGUGCCCUGAAACUACUUAGGUGGAGCUGGCUCAAUGUAAAAAAAGCGCGGCCCCGCCAAACACUGCAAGGCUUCCGCAGCAACAUCUCCAGGAUUCCACUACUCCACCGCCGCCUGGGGGCGCCUCCGCCCUCGGGCCGCACAUGCGCAGUCGGUCCCUCCGGGUCUGCGUCAGCCCCGCCCCGCGGGGACGCCGGGUUCCCUGAGAGCCCCGGCCGUGCACGCGCCGGUGCGCCGGCCGUGGCUGCGCAGGCGUGGUGGCGGUCUUCGCGAAGCCGGUUGCUUUUCCUCUCGCGUGUCUUGAACCCUGGGUUUGAGACGUGCCGUUGGGCCCCGCAGGUGUUGGACGUCCGGGGUCGUGGGCCCGGGCCACGUCUCAGCAGUACGGAGGUGCGGAGUGGCGCCGAGGCCGCGGGGGCGGGCGCCGCCGGCGGUGUACACCACUCCGGGGCCCUGGCCCCUGCUGCGGCUUCGGGGGCUCCCGCGCCUGCCGCGGCCCCGACCUCGCAGUUCACCCUGCUGGUGAUGCACCCGUGCGGAGGGCAGGAUGAGGCUGCGGCCGAGGGCGCUCUGUGCCAGGCCCCGGCGCCGGGGGGCAGCGUUGGGGCGGGCAAGCCCGUUAGGUACCUAUGUGAAGUGGUGGGAGAUGGCGAGGAGGACGCAGGGGAAGAUGAAGCGGACCUGUUGGACACGUCCGACCCGCCUGGGGGAGGCGAGAGCACAGCUAGUUUGGAGGAUCUGGAGGAUGAGGAAACCCACUCCGGGGGCGAAGGCGGCAGCGGGGGAGCCCGGAGGCGGGGCAGCGGUGGGGGCGGCAUGAGCAAGACUUGCACCUACGAGGGCUGCAGUGAGACCACGAGCCAGGUGGCCAAGCAGCGCAAGCCGUGGAUGUGCAAGAAACACCGCAACAAGAUGUACAAGGACAAGUACAAAAAGAAGAAGAGUGACCAGGCCCUGAACUGCAGUGGGGCCGCCUCGGCUGGCAGUGCAGGAAGCGUCAAACUGGAGGAAAGUGCAGAUAACAUACUCUCCAUUGUUAAACAAAGAACAGGAUCUUUUGGAGAUCGUCCUGCAAGACCUACUCUUUUAGAACAAGUGUUAAAUCAAAAAAGACUGUCAUUACUUAGAAGUCCAGAAGUAGUGCAAUUUUUACAGAAACAGCAACAGCUAUUAAAUCAGCAAGUUUUGGAGCAAAGACAACAGCAGUUUCCAGGAUGAUCAUUGUGAGGGACCUUCUCAAGAACAUCUACAUGUUUUUUUAUCUUAUUGUCAUAGAUGAACAUAUUUUUAUAAUAAUGACAAAUGGGGUAAGAUAUGCCAGUAGAACAUCUCCUGUAAAUGUCUGUUUGCAUUUGGGCAUAAAUAAGUAUUGCACUUUGUGCAUCCAAUCUUUUCAGAUCACCAUAAGUUUGAAGAAAUCAGCUUAUCUUUCCAAAAUAACAUUUAAUUACAGUGUUUUUUAAAAAUAUGUUUUUCUUCAGUUAUUAUUACUGAAGUUAAUGAAGCAGUUACUUUCUGUGGAAGUCAUGAAGUUAAUAUAUGCUAAUCUUGAAUCAUGUAACUCAGUGGUUCUCAUCAAGAGGUAGUUGGAAAUAUAUGGGUGUAUUUCUUGGUUGUCAGAUUGAGCUUGAAAACUGCUGGCCUUCAUAGAGUGGGCCAGGAACGCUAACUGUUCAGUGUCUGGGAUAGUCCCACAAAUUUAAGAAUUAUCUCAUCCACAAUGUCAAUCACAUUCCUCUUUAACUACCUGUGAUAGCAUGUAGUUGGGGAACCUAGAACUAGGUUAUGGAAAUAACCUUUCUUUGCAGUUAAUACUGAAGCUGUCAAACAGGUAAGCAUAUUUUUGAUCUACAAGGAAAGUGAUCAUUGAUAUCUGUGAAAUCAGGAUGUGCAUCUGUUUUCAGAGAUGUGAGGAUAAAAUCUGACCGGGAUUACCUUAAUUCAUGGAAUGAAUGCAUUUCCUAAAGUUGGCUUUUCUGUUUCAUGUUACCUUUUAGUGUUGAUCUCCUUUAAAGUAGAUACUGGUGUAUUGAAUUUAUUAACAGCAUAGGUCUCAAUCCAGCGAUGCCAGGACAAAAUUAUUUUUCUUAUGCUCAUUUGUCAUUAAAGAAAAUGUCAAAGAGAUUGUUUUCAAAAGGAAAUUCUGAAAAUAACACUCCAGCAUUUUACCAUUAUUUUUCAAAAUUAAACUAAUUUAAGACUGUUAUUCCUAAUUUCAAGAAUGAUGAAUAAUCUGGAUAGAUUUUUUUUUUUUUGUAUUUCCUCCUAGGAAAACUUUAAAAAAGCAAUCGUACCAAUAAGAAUAACAAACCAAAUGUCAAGAGGGUAUAUCCAAUUUUAGGGUAAUAAAUGUAUGUAUGUCAAGUUUUAACUGUAAACAUUUGUUAAUUAAUUGGUUUUUAAACUCUGUAAUCUAUAUCAAGUUAAACUUGUUGUGGCUGUCCUAAGGGAUAUUUGUGGAGAAAAAAAUGUUUUUAUUUUUUGUGUGUCUUAUGCCCACAUAUUGUGCAAAAACACUUUUACCACAAUUAUUCAUUAAAGUCCAAUUGUUUACCUUU